UUUUUGGGGAUGCACUACCCAUCGCUGCCGCACUGUGGGGCAAGCAUGGUCCCAGACUCUGGAAGGGGCAGGGUUGCCCUGCCUAGUGUAGUGUGAAUGAGACCCAAAGCCAGGACCAUUGCUCUGCCUCCUGGAGCAUGAAAUCAGUUGGUGCCGACCCGUGGCUGUGGCAUCGAUGGAGUGUGUAAUAGGCUGGGGGCAGGAGCUGUGCUGCCCUGUGGGGRAAAAACAAAGUGCUGCGGCAUCCCUGCCAGCCGGGUCAUCUACCACCUUGCUGUGUUUCUUCCCAGGCUGCAGGAAGCAGCUCUUCCCCAGCAGUGUGUGGCGGGCAGAGGGAGGCAAAGCUGUGCAGGGAGAGGAUGCUCCCAGCACCAGCCGUCUGGCUAAUGCUGCACCAUCUGCUUUGGAGGGUGAGGCAAGGUGAAUGGCAAGCUUUCGAGGAGCCCAUAAAUCCUGUGUGCAAAGGCUCUUGGAGGUGACAUGGGAUGUGCUGGAGCAAUGCUGCUCCUGGCUSUCCCUGUGCUGUCAGUUCUCAGGAAGCAGGGCCUGGGGAGAUCUCUGACCCCYGCAGGACAUUCAGUGAUGAACCAUGGGCUGAGACUCUGGGCUUGGCUGGGAGAAGUCCUUCAUCAGAAUUUGCUUCAGUGCAGUUGGAAGCUUGCUGUGGUUGGAAAYGGUGGUGCCGGGGGGGCUUCCAGUGCCCCCUCCCCUCUGGCACCCGGGCUGCCASUCGGUGAGAAAAUGUAUAAUGCCUCAGUGUUGAAAAAUGACUAAUCCAGUCCUUGGAAGGUUUGUAGGAUACAUUCCUUUCUUGYGGUCGAUAAAGAUAAAGGGGAUCGUUCUGCCAGCAAAAUUAGUGUAUCAAAGAGGGGGAAAAAUAUGACAAGAGCUGUGGAGACAGAAAAAUGAUUGGGGCAGCCCUGGGAUGGUGCUCAGCAUCACCACAGCGCCCGUGCCUGCACCUCAUGUUCCUGCCCACCUUCGCAGCAUGAGGUGCAGGCAGUCGCUGCAGUCAUGCUGGGGGUACUGCCCUGCYGGGCUUUUCCAGUGGUUUCCAGAGAGCCGUGAGAGACUCAUCCAUCAUACCAAGGAAUCAGUCUGUCCAUCCAUCAGGAAGAGGGGAUGAUACUGCAUGGCAUGGGCAGCCCCAGCCACUUUCCAGCCAGUGGUUGGCCUCCCCUCGCCUUCCCGGCACCACUGCUGGCUGUUGGUGAGGGGCCACAGAGAGCGUUCGCGCCUCGGUCAGGGGCUGCGUGGAGGGGAGGCUAAUGUACCGGAGGUGCCUCGGAAAUGAGAGCCUUGGAUGGGUUCCUGGCCCUAUUGAUCUGCCGGCAGUUUAUGCAUCCUGACAUUCAUAAUCUCAGUCGGCGCUGAUGGUCCAGAUUAAUGGGCCCAGGGGCUGUCCAUCCGUCACUUCACAUUAAUUACUGAAGAGGUGUUUUUCCAGUGAUUUACCUGACAGCGGCCUGUGAUGAAUCCCCCUAAACGGAGUGGGCAGUGAUUAAUCAUGGGGCUCCAGCCCAGCCCCACUCUGCCUUCCCCUCAACCACAGUGCAGCCCCCUGCACCAUCCGUCUCCAUAAACCCUGUCUGAUGCAUAUUUAUAGGGGCAGGGGGCCUGGCCGCUUGCGGCGUGCCUGCUUCUGCCAAAGAUGAUGAAAAAUAAAUCUCCAUCGGGACGGGGCAGCAGGUGAGCAGGGCUGCAGCAAGCCAUGGUCCCGUGCCAGGGUAUCCCUGGGCUGGGGUUUGCUUUCUGUUGUUCUGUGGCUGCCUCAGGCUUCUCUGUGGUUUUUGAUGCUUGAGUGGUGCAUGGUCUCAGCGUUCUGCUUCAGCUGCAGACACUGGUCCCUGGGGCUGGAGGGUCCCAGGUAGCAGCUGCUGGAGCAGGGCAGGUGCCUCAGUGAUGCUGGUAGGAUGCUCUGCUUCCCCCAAGCCAGAUACACCCCACCACAGACUGUAAGGCUGUGGGGUGCUCCAGAUGCCAAACCCUGUCUGGAUUUGCUUCUGCAGGGCAGCGUUGGGCUCCACAAUCCAUCACUGUGUGCCAGCUGCUGAGGGAGCAAGGGUGGGACUCCGUCUCGGUGACCAGGGCAGGGGCUGCCCACUGUGCACUCAGCUGUGGGGCUGCUGGGCCACUGUUGGGUGGGACAGUGACAGUGACGCUGUUCUCUCCUUAGCAGGCAGCGGUGGCACCAUGCAGCAGGAGGCAGAGGGCAGCCGGGUGCGCCGCAGGAAGCCCGACAUGGCCCUCUACGUGCCCAAAGCGCGGCGGGAGAGAGAGGCACGAGCAGCGGCUGACGCACGGGUCGGGCACCGCCGGGAGCCGGAGAACCACCGCCAAGAGCCGGAGAACCACCGCCGGGAGCCGGGGAGCCACCACUGGGAACCCGAGAGGCACCGCCAGGAACCCGAGAGCCACCGCCGAGAGCCGGAGAACCACCGCCGGGAGCCAGAGAGCCACCGCCGAGAGCCGGAGAACCACCGCCGAGAGCCGGAGAACCACCGCCGGGAACCGGAGAACCACCGCCUGCUGCAGGACUGCGGCCGGGGCAGUGGCGAGGGGCAGAGGCAGAGCCCCCGUGCCAGGACGCAGGCAGGCAGAGUGGCAAGGAAGGAGAACAAGGUGGAUGCUGGCCCAAAGGAGCUGCGGACAGCCKCUGCCAAGCGCAGCCAUAGGACGGAAGGCAGCUGCCCCAAUGCCCUGGAAAGCCUGGAGSCGUCACCCAGUGUGUGUGAGCCAUGCCCAGAUCCAGAUAUUGCUCAGCCCAGGGACAGGCAGGACAAAGCAUCUCACGAAGGACCUGGAGAGCUCAGCCAUGGUYGCGGGAUGAUAAGGACUGAGCCUGACCCUCCAUCCCCACUGAGUGCCCAGGCUGGGGCUGUGAAGGCUACCCUUGAGCCUGGGGAUGACCUCACUGGCCCAACACCUGCUGCUGGCCCAACACUGGUUUGCCAGACAAGUCUGAGUGGCAUGUUGGAGGGCAGGGGRGACAGCACCCUAGAUCCAGCUGGGGCCCUCUCCCAAAGCCUGGGAGAGGCUGUCCUGCAGUCAGCAGAGCGGGGCAACCAUGGCAGGCUGCCCCAGCUGGUGGAGGAGACAGUGGGUCUGAAAGCCUGGGGGGAGGAGAAGGAGGAGGACAGGUCUCUCCUGGCAGAGCAGAGCGAGGAUGGUGCUGCUGGGGUACUGGAGGGAGAGGAGGAGUGGGGAGGCCAGGCUGAGCUUCCAGGAGAGAGCACCUUGUGUACACCAGGAGGCAGCUGCGAAGCUGUGCUCUUGAGGGGUAGCAUGGAYGAUGUGCCAGCACUGCCAGCGGGGAGCACUCCACAGCCUGGCACAGGCAGCCCAUCCCAGCUCCUACCUGUCGUGGAGGAGAGCACAGCUGGUGCCGGGGAUCCUGGUGAGGAUGGUGACCUGGUGCCUGCUGUAGAGGAAGCAGGCAGCACCUCUGCCUGCACAGAUAGCAGAGCUGGGRCUGAGAGCAGCCCACGGGAAAGAGCAGCUCCAGAGAGCUGUGAGCCCCCGCCACCCCUAGAGCUGCUGUGCCGUGGCAUGGAGGGGCUGUCAGCUGCGUCCUCAGCCAAGGAGCUGGCAAGGCCAGAUGAGGAUGUGGGCUUGCAGAAGCACCRGUGUGGCCAGGAGGCUGGGAAGGAAGAGAGAGAUCUCCACAGCACCUCCCCAAAGGAAGGACAGACCAGURCCAGUGCUGAAACCCUGAGCCAGGCCAGCCCGGGUGCCGAGGAGAGCUGGGAUGUGCUGUUCAACGAUGAUGGGGACUGCCUGGACCCACGCCUGCUGGAGGAGCUCUUAGGGGGUGAGAAACACCAGGAGAGCCAGCAGUCACCCCGCUUCAACUACUAUGGGGCCGAACCUGCUGCGCCAGACAUCAGUGAUGAUGAGCUGCCCCACGUCAUCGAGAUCUACGAUUUCCCCUCGGAUUUCCGCACUGAGGACCUGAUGCGUGUCUUCUGCAGCUAUCAGAAAAAAGGCUUUGAUGUUAAGUGGGUGGAUGAUACGCACGCCCUGGGCAUCUUCUCCAGCCCCAUAACAGCACGCGAUGCCCUCAGCACCAAGCACCUGAUGGUGAAGACGCGCCCACUGUCCCAGGGCACCCGUGCCUCUAAAGCCAAAGCCAGGGCUUACGCUGAGUAUCUGCAGCCAGCCAAGGAACGCCCUGAAACAUCGGCKGUCCUGGCCAGGAGGCUGGUGAUCGGUGCCCUGGGGGUACGGAGCAACCAGACACCAGCYCAGCGAGAUGCCGAGCGGAGGAAGCUGCAAGAAGCUCAAGAGAGGAAGCGCCUGGAGAACAAGCAGCGGGAAGAUGCCUGGGAAGGCCGGGAUUGAGCCAGGAGGCUGCACUUUCAGCUCAUGUCCCUCUCUGCAGGCAGGCAGAGCACUCUGCAUCUCAGAGCUGGGACGGAUUCCGCACUGCAUCCAAAAGCACUGGGCUGCCUCACCGAAAGGGCUGAGCAGCAUUCGAGCUCGUUGGUGCUGUGGGGAUGCUGGUGCUGUCAGGCAGCACUGCCCACCCUGCCCAGGGCAGAACCCCCAAAGCUGCCAGCCAUAGCAGGAGCCACAGCAGGCUGCAGGGAGCUCAGCAGAGAGCACGGGGGCCGUGUGGGACGGCCCUGGCCACCUGGCCGGGCCUUGCGAGUGAGAGUUUCUGUCCUUUAUUUUGCUAAUAAAUGCCAUUUAUUUUA